CGUGAAGUGACCAAUUCAACCCAUGGCAUGAACCGUGUCUGUGCAUGCAAUGCAUUGCAGCACAUCAAGUCGCACCACAUACACAGAGAGAUUCAAAAUGACCCCCCCACACACGCGUCCACCACACCACACCACACACGAGUGGCGCAGCGGCAACCGACAGGAGACAAGACAGGCAGACCAACAGGCAGGGCAUGUUAUAAAUCCCCGCUGCCUGCCUGCCCACCGCGCCAAUCAGUCACAGCUGCUGCCAUCCCAUGUCGGUCGGUCACCCCCCACUGCCUCACUCGUCUUCGUCACCGCCAGCAGCGGCCAGGGUCAUCUGGGCGGCGAUCUGCAUCUUGCGCGCCACUCGUUCCUUGCGCUGCUGGUUGUUGAACUUGACGCGGCGCUCGUACUUGCCGGUGCUGGUCUGGAUGAAGUUGCCCUCGCGCACGUGGACGGGCUCCUGGUCGCGCUUCUUGGCCUCUCUGUCGGGGUUGGCCCGAAUGGCUGCGUGUGCCUUGGUGUACAUGUCCUCGAGGCCGUCAGCGUCGAUGCCGGCGGCGAUGAACUUGGCGAAGUGCUUCUCGUACUUGUCGCCAUCCUCCUCCUGCAUCUGGCUCAUGUACUCGGCCACGUGCUUGCCCAGGAUGCGGUCCUUGUGCUUCUCGGCGUCGUACUCGCCCUCCUUGCCGUCCUCGCUCUUCUUGUACCCCGGGAACCGCUUGUUGGAGUGAGGGAUGUGCAGCCCGCCGUCCACGGCACCCUUGAGCGCACCGAACACGCGGUUGCCCGUCGUGGUGCGCACCAGGCCGACGUCGAGCAGAGCCUUGAAGGGCCGGCGGUCGCCAUCAUGCUCCUCCUCGACGUGGUAGUCCUCGCCGGUCACCUGCUCGACGCCCUUGAUGGCCUCGUCGAGGCCGACGGUCUUGAGGAGGCGGCGAGCCAGGAGGAGGCCGGUGCAGUAGGCGGCGGCGUAGUUGGUGAGCCCCACGGUGACGCCGUACCUGGGGAGCUCGGUGGACUCGGCGCUGGCCAUGACGCGGUCGCCCUGGAUGGUGGCGUAGAUGACCUGGCAGAUGAUCCGCUGGUUGGUGAUGCGCACCACAAACCGGUACUUGGGCGACUGGUACUUGCUCUUCUCCUGCGCCACCAGCCGACGACGGGCGUGGUAGUCCGUCUUGCCCUCACGCCGACGACGGUAUUUGACCUGCCAGGGGGACACACACACACAACCCAGCAUAGAUCAGGCAGCACACUGAGUGAGAGGCGCGUCCAGAGACCCAAUCGAGAUGUGUGGGGGGUCACCUGGUAGCGCUUGAAGUAGGCCUUGUCCUUGACGACCUUGACGAACGCCAUGGCUGUCCCUCAGCCUGCAGCACACAGCCACGCACCCACACACCAGGAUGAGAAAAGAUCUCGGUGAUAAUCGACAGGUGAGUGCUUCCAACGUGCUUGGCAGCGUACCUGGCGUGUCAAUGAGGCUCACGGGAGCUUUUCCCCCCC